AUGACGUCGCCAAUGCUGCUGCUCUUCUUGUUGCUGCUCGUCGGCGCGCUCCAGGGGACGGCGCGCGCGCUGUAUUUCAACGUGCUGGAGGAUGGCCAUCGCUGCUUCCUGGUGGAUGUGCCGGCCCAGACGGCGAUCCGAGCCGAGUACGAGUCGCCCGACACGACGGACGUCAUGAAGACGGUGGUGGAGUUCUACGCACCCGACCCGAGCAAGGGCGAGGACGAACACACGCUCGUGAAGAGCGAGACGACCAGCCAGAAGGUGAAAUACCGAGUGCUGGAGGGGGGAUGCAGGGGGUCGAUCUCGCUCACGGCGCAACAGAACGGGGUGCACUGGGUCUGCGUCAGUCUCGACUCGUCCAACUACGCGCUGCCUGGUGAUGCGUCGAUGCGCUUCGCAUUGAAGCUGAAGAUGGGUACGAGCCUCGAGGAGUACCAGAAUUUGGCCAAGAAGAGCCAGAUGGACGACCUUCACCUGGAUAUCAUGAAGUUGAGAGACCGCGUGAGCGCGAUCCAGCGCCACCAGGACUAUGCUAAGAUUGCUAUCUUGCUGGUAUCGGGCUUCUACCAAGCAAAACACCUUCAAGCAUACUUUCACCAGAAGAAGUUAGUGUAG